AUGAAUAAAUUAAUUUCAAUAUCAAAAAAAAUGUCGAUUGUUUUUACUGUGUUAGAUUUUGAGCCCAAUAAUUAUUUUCACACCUUGCUCACAAGAAGGUUUUUCAAUCAACAAAAAGGAGCAGCCACCUAUGAAAGUUCUCUCCAAGAUCAAUUGCAAUUCAUGAGAAAUUAUGCUCCAAUUAGUAAACUCACUCCGAUUGAAUUUAUUUGUGAUGCGAGAAUUUAUGAAAUAAUUACGAGUCACCUUGGUUUGAACUUUAUCAAUCCGUAUCCGAUAGUGGCUGCCAAUGAUGUAGAAUUUGCAAAAAGAAUGUUGCAAAAAUUUAGAAUCUAUCCUUUGAAUGUGAAGGAUGAAGAAUUAAUUUACAAAAUUGUGGAAAAUAAUUUUACUCUGUUUGCGAAACUUUCAGCAAUUUCUUUUACAAAGGAAAUUGAAUUGAUGGAGAAAGUAUCGAGAAAAUUCCUUGAUAAUUUUGAGAAUUUGGAUGAGAGUGAAAAGCGUGAAAUUCUCUCAUCAAAAUAUGGAGCUAUAGUAUUGGAAAGAUAUGACAGAUUGGAGGAAGAACGAACAAAGGAUAUUAUUCUUAACGAUGAGGAUUUUAUGGAAAUGUAUGGUUGUUUGAUUAAUGCAAAUCAAUAUGAACAGGUGGAUUUAUCUAGGGCUAGUUAUUCAUUGAGAGGAAACCAAGAAUUUAUGAAAGAAUUUAUUGAGUUUGAUGGAAUGAAUUUGAGAUUUGCUUCAGGGAAAUUAAGAAACGAAUGGUCCUUUGUAGAAAUAGCCCUUUCUAAUAAUGUAAAUGCAUAUCAAUUUGCAACGGAAAAUUUGAGGAAUAUGUCUGUUUGGGCACUUGAGGCUGUUAAGAAAUCUACAGAUACUCUCCAAUAUAUUGGAUCUAAUUUGAGGAGUGACAUGUAUUUUUAUUCAAGAUUGCUAGAAGAGAAUAUCAAAUUUGAUAUUCCAUCUAAAGAUUUUGUAAUUAGUUUAAUCAACUAUAAUCCAAAAAACUAUUUAUUGAUUCCCUUAGAUUCUGAAUACAGACUGGACAAGGAUGUAAUGCUGUUAGCCCCAAAUGAAUCAAUAGAAGAGGCAUUAAGACUCUAUUCAACAGACAGAAAUUUAAUUAGAGAAAUGAUGUCCAAACUGAAAAAACCAUCUAAAUAUUUCGAUGAAAGCUGUCAAAAUGAUUUUGAAAUGAUUAAGGGAUGCAUGAGGUUGAAUCCUCAACUCUUUAGAUAUGCUUCCAUAGAAAUAAGAUCAAACUUAGAACAAGUAACAUUACUGAUUGAUUAUUGCGUCACUCCAGGAGGGCUAUUUCACUUGAUUAUUCAUUCAUCUCAUGAGAUUAAGCAAAAUAAGAAUUUUGCAUUGAGAUGUGUUGGGAAAUUUGGUAGCUCACUACAAUACCUUAGACAUUUUUGGAACGACAAGGAAGUAGUGAUGAAAGCGGUUGAGCAGGAUUUUCAAUCAUUUUCAUUUGCUAGUGAAACUUUGAAAUUAGAUUGUGAUUUGAUCAAGGUAUCCCCAAAGUGUUUAUUUUUGAUCAGUGACUUAUCAACACAUCCAAUCUUUGCUGACCUAGAAUUUCUAGAAGAAUGUGUUACGAAACACAAUCUCUACCUUUAUUGCAACUCGAUUCCACGUGAAAUUAAGAAAAUAUAUCUAUUCAAAAAUCCAUCUGCUUACCUGGCAUUUAAUGAUUGUUCUGAUUUGGAUGAGGAAACUUGUCUGAAAAUUCUGGAAAAGAAAGAGAAUUUUCAAUUAUACACAAGAUUUACACAUUUCCUCUAUAGGAAAAAUCGUUGGAAUAAUAACAGACCAUCAUUUUUAGAAAGGGCAUGUAAAGUAAAUCCUCUCGUCGAUGAAUUUUAUGGAGAGCACAAUAAUAACUCGAAUAAUUCAGUCUAUUUCACUAAAGCAAUAGAUAAGGAGCAAUUUAUUGAAAAAUUCAAUGAGAGAAUGAGAGAAAUAUCACUCUGCCUACAUUCCAAUUCACAACAAGAUGAAAAUCUUGCAAUAAACAUUGAUAUUAAUUCGUAUUGA